AUGAUCCAUGCAAAACCUGUACCUACCCCCAUGACCUCCUCCCUAAAGCUAUCUGCCUUUGGAGACGGCUCCUUCAGCAAUCCCACUCUGUUUCGGUCAAUAUUUGGUGGUCUGCAGUAUGCUACGAUUACAAGACCUGAGAUCUCUUUUUCAGUGAAUAAAGUAGCCCAGUUCCUUCACAACCCUCUUGAGUCCCACUGGAAAGCUGUAAAACGAAUCCUCAGGUACCUAGUAGGCACCACAGAGUAUGGCCUCAGGUUCAGCAAGUUCACAAACUUCAGAAUCUAUGGCUUUUGCGACUCUGAUUGGGCCAGUGAUGUUGAUGAUCGCAAGUCAACAAAUGGGUAUGGCAUUUACCUUGGCUCAAACUUGGUCUCAUGGGCUAGCAGAAAGCAAACUGCAGUGUCCAAGAGCAGCACUGAAGCUAAAUUUUGA